ACCCCGCCGCCUGCAAUACACGUCAACUUGGAAAGAAAAUAAAGCAAAGGCCAAAUAAAAAUAUUCACCCACAGAGAAGGGACAGAAAAAUGGGUAACAAAGCGGAGGAGACGGGGCAGAAGCUCCAGGAGAAGACCACCAAGGAGGCGUACUUCGCCAGCCUCGCCGAGUGGGCCAAACAGGCGACGAUGGCCCAGAACGCAAUGAUUAUGUUUCCCUACUACCUGAUGGCCAAUUACCCAAUGUUCCAGAGACAGAUGUCCUCCGCUGGCCUUCCAUCGGUCGCCUUUCAGCCCGGACAGUCCCAGCCGGCGGCUCCUCUGCCACCACCACCAGUUCAGGGAGCAGGAGCGGCUGCUCCACCAGCGGGAACACCUGCAGCUGCACCACCUCCGCCGGCGGCGCAAAACUUCAGUCGCCUGCGAAUCCUGGACGAGGCGGCGCAGCUGGAGACCAUUCAGCGACUGGGCGGCUACGAGUACGUGGUGGCUCCCUUCUGGAAGCGGGCAGUGGCCGAGACCAUCGACGUGUUCAUCCUAUUCAUAAUGAAAAUCAUCAUCACCUUCGGGGUGGUCAACCUGUUCGACAUGGACUUCGAUAAGGACGUCAUACGGCGCACUCUGGACGAGGAUGAUCUCUUCGUGAACUUCUUCGACAUCUCGUUCGACUUUAUAACCAUGUCCACCGACCUGCUGCUCAUCGAACUGCUCACAAAGCUUACAGUUUGCUGCUACGAAGCGCUGUGGACGUUUCUCUACAACGGAGCCACUCCAGGAAAGUCUCUCAUGAAGAUCCGCAUCCACUAUGUGGAGGCGGUAAUGCCGCUGCAGGCACCCGCUCUUCCGCAGUUCGUUCUUCAGCCGCAGAGGGAGCCGAUGAGGGCACUGCUCUAUCCCGCCCAGACGCCCACACUGAUGCGCUCUUUCUCCCGCGCUUUGGCCAAGAACCUGGUGAUGACCCUGCUCUUUCCCAUCUGCGUCGUGAUGAUAUUCUUCAAGAACAACCGCACCGCCUACGACAUCAUGACCAAGACGAUAGUGGUGGAGACCGAUUCCAAUGCCGUAUUCCGCACGCAAGUGCCACCGCCGCCGCGAAACCGCUGAGCACGGAAUUCGAACCAGCCAAAGUGCAUAGGAAUUCUAGACUCUUUCCUAUGCAUACAUAUAUAAAUAGACGUUAUAGUUAGCUAAAUUUAAUGUCGUGAUGUACUGCUGUUCUGUGAAAUAAAAUUAAAUCUCAUAAA